AGCAAGCAGGGCUCUUGAUCAUUACGUUGAAAGAAACUAUCCUCAGCAGCCUUGGUCUCAGACAGAGGAUGAUAGUGCUGGGACUCACGUCCGUUGUUUUAGCAGUAAGCGUCCACUAUGCGUGCUGCUGCCGUCCGGCUCCUAAAAAGAAUCCACCAAAUGCGUGGUGCCCAAGUAUACACUCACCAAAGUAUGCAGACGCAGGAAAGAAUACAGCAACUGUACUCUGGCAACUUCCAGUAACGAGUAAUUGUUACAAGGUGACCUUGAUCAAGGGUUCUCCACCUGGUUCAGCAUUCGCUGAGGGGAGACACUGCAUACAAUAUAGAACCUCCAACGCUUGCACUGGUCUCUCGUCAUAUUGCGGCGACAGAUGUUUUACGGUGAACGGUAGGUCCUUUGUUUCAUUCCCCCUCAUAUAACAAUGUGUACAUCGUGAAGUAUAUUUACUAUCAACACAUUUUAUUUGUCUACCAGGGGCAGUUGGGUUGUCUGGUGGUUAAAAUCGUGACAGGGUCCGUUCAUCUUGGGUUCAACAACACUAUUGCCUCAAUUCCGACAUUUAGUUUGUCGGUCCCAUGCCCUUCACGAGGGUUUAAACCAAGUCAACGAUCCAGUGGUAUUAUGACUAACACAUUUUCAAAGUGGAGACAACCAAAACAGCUGUAGAGUAGCCUUAAGUAAGAGCAUAUCCUCGCCACAGCUCUGGCCCAGGUUCGGUUCCUGACAUGGGAACAAUGUGUGAAGCCCAAUGCUGUUGGCCGCGAUAUUGCUGUAAGACUCCUGGACGCCGCAAUUGCAUACGUCCCUGUAUAUGGUGUGCCAGUAGCCUCCAUUUCUGCACAGCGAAUGACCGCACCUCAGACGACUGAACCACCGGUGCCUCCCUGCCUUCUUUAGUGCAACACAAAUAUUUGGCUUGUUUAACGUGGCACUCAACACUUAUUCAGCUAUAUGACUGUAAAUAAUCGAGUCACGACCAGAAAAUCUAGUGAUUUACAUCAUGAGCAUCGAUCCACGAAAUUGGGAUUCGAUUACAUGUA